UCACACAGUCACUAUGUAAGAAGGAUUUUAGGGUUCUACAGGACAACGUAAAGGGGAUCCAAACUAUCUAUUAAUUAACUACUCAACAAACCAUCAAACACCUCUAUCUUACCCAAAUGUUGGGCUCAUCCUCUCACUCUUCUCAUCAAGACCAAAACAUUGAAGACAAUCUACAACAACUAGAUCCACCACCACCUCCACCACCACCACCACCUCCACCGCCACUAUUCCACCGGCACCACCAGAUGCAAAACCAACACCAAGACCCGGAGUUUGAAACCACACAAACACCACCAUCUAUCCACAUGCGCCAACUCUUGUUCACCGCGGCUCAACUGAUAGCUCGCUCUGAUCUAACCGCGGCCCACCGCCUCAUCUCCAUCCUCUCCACAAACUCCUCCGCCUACGGCGACGCCGCCCACCGGCUAGUCCACUCUUUCACCAGAGCCCUCUCCCUCCGCCUCCACCUCCACCGCCACCCGCCACCGCUUCCCAUCAUCCUCAACCUCCACCCACCCCCACCACCACAACCACAACCUACCAACAACAACAUAUUCAUGACAGAAUACGGUGACCCAAUUCUCCAAUCUUAUCUUUCAUUAAACCAAAUCACACCAUACAUCCGUUUCUGUCAACUCACCGCAAACCAAGCAAUCUUGGAAGCCAUAGAUCAAUCCCAUCAUCAACACCAACAUGAUCAUCAUCAACAAAACAUUCAUAUACUCGACUUCAACAUCAUGCACGGUGUGCAAUGGCCGCCAUUAAUGCAAGCUAUGGCAGACCGGUACCCACCUCCAAGUCUUCGCAUAACCGCAACCGGAACAAACCUCACCAUCCUCCGCCGAACCGGCGACCGUCUCUCCAUAUUCGCACACUCACUCGGCCUACGGUUUCGUUUCUACCCACUUUUAAUCCCUAACACCAACACCGAAACCCUAACAGUAGAUCAAAUCAUUGACCAUUUAUCAUCAGUAACCAUAAACCCUAAUGAAACCCUAGCAGUUAACUGCGUGUUAUACCUCCAUCGCCUGUUAAAAAACCGGGACAAACUGUGUUUACUACUCAGAAAGAUCAAAUCUUUGAACCCCAGAAUUGUAACUUUAGCUGAACAAGAAGCUAACCAUAACCAUCCUAUUUUUCUACAAAGAUUUUCCGAAGGAUUGGUGUACUACACAUCGAUAUUCGAGUCGCUAGAAGCGACUCUACCGCCGAAUAGUAGGGAGAGGAUUGAGGUGGAGCAAGUGUGGUUUGGGAGAGAGAUUGCUGAUAUAGUGGCGGAGGAAGGAGAUAGAAGGAAAGAGAGACACGAACGAUUUCGAUCAUGGGAAGUGAUGAUGAGAAGCUCGGGUUUUCGAAAUGUUCCGCUUAGCGCUUACGCGCUUUCGCAGGCGAAAUUGUUACUCAGACUCCAUUAUCCGAGUGAAGGUUACAAUCUUGAGGUUGUUAAUGAUUCUUUCUUCUUAGGUUGGCAGAAUCAACUUCUAUUUUCUGUUUCUUCUUGGCAUUGAUAUGAUU